GGACGGCUCGUGCACAUCGGGGCGGUUCUGAGUGGGUCCGCGCUGGGCGUGGGCUUCACGCACACCCCGCUGCCCAUCCUUUCGCCUGCUCCCACACUGGAGCCACAUUGUUCGACGCGGUUCCAUUUCGCUCGAAUCAAUGACUGCUCCCGUGUCGAUCGGUGCUUUCUAGCAGAGGAAAAGUGAGCUUUUCGUUGUAGAUCACAACCAUUCGGUGAUUUGAAGACGACCGGAAACGGUGCAAACACUGGAUUUCUUCAAUUGAAGAAGGAACUUGAGUUGGAACACCUUUUUUCCCCCCCUUAACAUCUCUCAUCUGGCAGACGAAACAUUGCUAAGUAGACAGCACCGCUUGUUCUGCAGCAGCAGCGUGAGUGUGUGUGUGUGUGUGUGUGUGUGUGUGUGUGGUGUGUGUGUGUGUGUGUGUGUGUGUGUGUGCGUGUGUGUGCGUCUGUGUGUCUGUGUGUCUGUGUCUGUGAGCCACAGCGACAAAGAUGACCGAGUAUAAACUGGUGGUGGUGGGAGCUGGAGGCGUGGGCAAGAGUGCACUCACCAUCCAACUCAUCCAGAACCACUUUGUGGAUGAAUAUGACCCCACUAUAGAGGACUCGUACAGGAAACAGGUUGUGAUUGAUGGAGAAACCUGCUUGCUGGACAUCCUGGAUACUGCAGGUCAGGAGGAAUACAGCGCAAUGAGAGACCAGUACAUGAGGACAGGGGAGGGGUUCCUCUGCGUGUUCGCUAUCAACAACACUAAGUCGUUUGAGGACAUUCAUCAAUACAGAGAGCAGAUUAAACGUGUGAAGGACUCAGACGAUGUUCCGAUGGUGCUUGUGGGCAAUAAGUGUGACCUCCCAGCACGCACGGUGGACACGAGGCAAGCCCAGGAACUUGCCCGUUCCUAUGGCAUCCCUUACAUUGAAACCUCUGCAAAGACACGACAGGGAGUAGAGGAUGCGUUCUACACACUCGUCAGGGAAAUUAGGCAACACAAGCUGAGGAAGCUGAACCCACCGGAUGAGAGUGGCCAAGACUGUAUGAGCUGUCGCUGUGUGGUAUCGUGAUGAAGCUUCCCUUGGCAGCUUGGAAAGAGAGGCUACAGCACACAAAGUCACAGCAUGGACUUGAAAAUAGGAAGAAAAAAACUGAAUGAUAAAAUAAAAGAUUACCAUUUUGGACUUGCGUAAAGAAUCUGAACUAGAGCCCUUUUUAUGGAAAGGAGGAUUUUGACUGACUGUUGCUUGUGUGGCUGCCUGAAGUGUGGCCUGUCAUUUUUUGUCUUCUCCAUCUCAACCUGCAAGCAACACCACUAAUCACUAGAAGCAAUCCUAGCAUUUUCUUGCUGGGUAACUAACUUUUUUUUUUUGGUCUUGACACUGAUCUACAGCGGACACCUUCAGUCCAACCUUCUUUCACCUCACUCUGAAAUGCUCAUUCCGCUUGUGCCCAUGUUUUGCGCUGAACUUGGGUAGGCAUUGAAUAUUUGUUUGUUCUAUAACCACUUGUAUAACCCACUUAAAAAAAAAAAAUACUACCUCCCUUUUAAAGGUGGAGGCUGACCUGGGAAUUUUUGGACUGUGUUGUUGUUUAAUAGUUAGCCUCACUGGAAAAGAUGUGCGUUUUGAUUUUGAACUGGAACAUAUUUUGUGGGUGGGUGAUCAGAAAAUCACAAACACUACUAAUAAAGAGCUCAUUCUUAUCAUAACUUGCCUAUACUUUAAAUUGUGACUGAUUCAAGUUCAUUUCUCUCAGAGAGAAAGGGACAUUUUGGUUCUGAAUGCAGCGGCCUUACAUUUUUUCCCCAAGGAUUGUCUUUGAGGAGUAAGAGUGAUGAUAAUAAUAGUACGAUAGUUUAAUAACAGUAUUGUUUACUGUACAGCACACGGUUGCAGGUGCAGUAGGAUUCAGAUCUAAUUUAUGUUACACAGUGAACAAGGAAGGGUACAGUGCUUUUGCACAGUUGCUCCCAGAAGAGGCAUUUGCAUAUACAGUACGUGAUAGGAGCAACAUGCAAUGCUUGCACAGUUACACGAACAGGAUUUACAGUAGGUAGCGUUUAUUUUGAAAACAACUUUCUGUAUGUUCUACAAUCUUUUCAGUCUCAUAAGUUUUUUGUUUUUUUUUUUUUGUCUCACCCUCAUCCUGUAACACAGACACACAACACGCCUCAGAAUGCUUCAAAUUCGCACAAACCUCACUAUGAUCAAGAACCAUGUAUAUACUGUACAUGUAUUGUAUGUGAGCAUUUAGUAUGUGUAAUGAAUGCUGGAUCAGGGGUUGCAUUGCUGUGUUUCUCAUUGCUAACUUGUGCGUGCUCGCUACUGCUGCAUUCAUUUGCCAACUUAUUCAAAGACUGCCCUUACCCCUUAAUACCUUGUAGCUCCUUAUACAGGUAGAUGCACACAAGAAGUUAGGUCUCUUGUUAACUUAGUGUGCAAUUACAGAAAACACAUCGGGUUUAGACAUGCACUGUACAGAAAAUGAAACGCAAACUGCAACAUAUUCAAAUUUGUCUAAAAGACGUGCUUCUGUAGUGUACAGCCAAUAAAAACCAAAUUACAUCACUCUUGCUCGGCUAGUUAGUUAGUGACUAUAUUUCUUUAUGAAUCCUACUCACAUCCCAUGUACAUAAACAGAUGGGAGGAUUUUCGAUUUAGUGCAACAGUGUGGUCAUUUUUUCCCACCACACAGUACAAGUCGUAAACACCAUGAGCAACCAUACGAGAGUGCAAAUGCAAAGUAAUUCUAAACUAUUCAUUAUUUCCUCAAAUAAAGGGUAUGAACUGUGAAUGUCUUGAAAGUACUCAACUAAAUCUAUUUAAAUUCAUUUGAUUCCAACUGGCUGAGUGAUAUUCUGAUGAAAGGUUUGUGACUUCCUAUGCUUGUUGUUUCCAUGUCAAACUUUAUAUAUCGAAACCAUAAUUAUGCCACAACUCCACAAAUCUAUGCAUAAAUUCUCAUCAUCUUAGAAUGUCUUGUAUUGAUGCCGCAUGGAUACUUAGCCAGUAAACUCCAGGUAUACAUGUCACAAAAAGACAUCCUCUAUUUAAAAUCAAGGGCUUCUUUUUCCCUUGAACACUAUAAAAUGAAAGUGUGGUUGGAAGUUGUAAAAAUGUUGGCUGUUUAGCUAUUUAAUAUGUAUGUACUCUUGGAAAAAAUGUCAAAUCUGUUACGGGGCAGGAAUAAAAAUGUUAAGGAAAAUGUG